AGCUGCCUCUUUCCCUAGCCCUGCUGGAGAGGAGAAAGGAGCACAUAGAUCAUCCCGUGGCAGCCUUCCACCUUUCCCGCCGUCGUUUCGUAACCGCUUACAAGAGACAAGUUGAGGAUUGGGAACAGCCCUCUAUUAAGUAGCAAGACUGGGGAGAGGCUCUUCCCACUUGGAGAAAGCAAGGCUUCCCUGACAGAACGACCCCUCGCGACGGCAGUCUCACCAGCCAUCCUAGGCGUCUCCUCUCGCGGCCGCUACUGCUACUGGCCGCACCCUUCUCCAAGGUGCCUUGGACCUCUUUCAGCUGCUGCCUCCUUCCUUAGUCCUCCAGCUGCGGGGCGCCGGCUCAGCCUCGGUUCCCGGUAGUCCUGCCGUCAAAGAUUCAUUCAUGUGGUUGUGAUCCAGACCAACAGCAAUGAAGAUAAGGCUCUCUGCAGUAGUUGCUGCCCUGGGUGCAGCUCUUUUCCUCUGCUCGACAGAGGCUGAAGUUAAUCCGCCGUCAGACUUGAAUUUUCACAUUGUAGAUGAAAAUACUGUUCAAAUGUCAUGGACAAGGCCAUCUGAUGCAAUAGAAGGUUACAGGAUAACGGUGACCCCUGCAGCUGAUGGAGCUACUAGAGAAUUUACCCUAGCACAGAGUGCUACCCAAACAUUAUUAACAGAUCUUAUACCUGAUACUGAAUAUGUUGUAACAAUAAGUUCAUAUGAUGACACAGAAGAGAGUAUAUCUGUCUCUGGACAACUUACAAUUCAAACAGGUGGUUUAGUGACAAUAGGGGAAAAGAAAAUUGAAGAAGUUCAGGUGCAAAGGUGUUCCCUUAGUGCUGUUACAGAUCUAAUUUUUCUUGUGGAUGGUUCUUGGAGUGUGGGCAGAAAUAAUUUUAAAUAUAUAUUGGACUUCAUUAUUACCCUUGUAUCGGCUUUUGAUAUUGGAGAAGACAAGACAAGAGUUGGAGUAGUUCAAUACAGUUCUGAUACAAGGACUGAGUUCAACUUAAAUCAGUAUUUGAAUAAGAGAGAUCUCAUUGAGGCAAUACAAAGAAUACCAUACAAAGGAGGCAACACAAUGACAGGCGAAGCUAUAGAUUAUCUGAUUAAGAAUACGUUCACUGAAUCUUCUGGAGCAAGAAAAGGCUUUCCCAAAGUGGCAAUCAUAAUUACAGAUGGAAAAUCUCAAGAUGAAGUAGAAAUUCCUGCAAGAGAACUUCAGAGCAUAGGAGUUGAAGUGUUUUCCUUGGGAAUCAAAGCUGCUGAUGCCAAAGAAUUGAAGUUAAUAGCGUCUCAGCCCUCACUUAAGCAUGUUUUUAAUGUGGCCAACUUUGACGGCAUUGUGGAUAUACAGAAUGAAAUUGCCUCACAGGUGUGCUCAGGAGUUGAUGAACAAUUGGGUGAACUGGUCAGUGGAGAAGAAGCUAUAGAGCCUGCCUCAAACCUUGUAGCUACACAAAUCUCAUCAAGAUCCAUUAGAAUCACUUGGUAUCCAUCUCCUAGUGAAAUAACUGGCUACAAGGUGGACCUCAUUCCAAUGAUAGCUGGUGCCAAACAAUAUUCGUUGAGUGUAGGACCUCAAACUACUGCUUUUAAUGUAAAAGAUCUUUCACCAGACACAGAAUACCAAAUUAAUGUGUAUGCAAUGAAAGGGCUGACUCCUAGUGAGCCAGUGACUAUUAUGGAAAAAACACAGCCAAUAAAAGUUCAAGUGGAAUGCUCACAAGGUGUGGAUGUAAAAGCUGAUAUUGUGUUUUUGGUUGAUGGCUCCUACAGUAUUGGCAUCGGCAAUUUUGUUAAAGUAAGAGCAUUUUUGGAAGUAUUAGUUAAAAGCUUUGAGAUUUCACCAGAAAAAGUCCAAAUAAGCCUUGUCCAGUACAGCAGGGAUCCUCACACAGAGUUUACUUUGAACAAAUACAACCAAAUUGAAGAUGUACUUCAGGCUAUUCAUACCUUCCCCUACAGAGGUGGAUCUACAAACACAGGCAAAGCAAUGACCUUUGUAAGGGAGAAAGUCUUUGUUCAAAGCAGAGGUGCAAGACCAAAUGUCCCAAGGGUCAUGAUUCUUAUUACUGAUGGGAAAUCAUCAGAUGCCUUUAAAGAUCCUGCCAUAAAACUGCGAAACUCAGAUGUAGAAAUAUUCACAGUUGGUGUUAAAGAUGCAGUACGGACAGAGUUGGAAGCAAUUGCUACACCCCCUGCAGAAACCCAUGUAUACACAGUGGAAGACUUCGAUGCUUUUCAAAGGAUAUCAUUUGAGCUUACACAGUCUGUCUGCUUACGAAUUGAACAGGAACUUGAAGAGAUUAAGAGGAAAUCUUACUUACCGGCAAGGAAUCUGGAGUUUUCAGAAGAGACUUCUAACAGCUUCAAAGUGAGCUGGUCUCCAGCAGGUCCUAAUGUUUUGUCUUACCUUGUCAAGUAUAAGGUGGCUAUUGGUGAAGAUGAAUUUAUUGUUUCUGUACCAGCACCAGUUACUAACACAGUUCUUAUUAAUUUAUUACCGCGAACCACAUAUGCUGUCAGUGUGAUUGCAGAAUAUGAAGACAGUGAUGGACCAUCCUUGGAUGGGGAACAAACAACUUUAGAAGUCAGGGGACCACCACGAAACUUAAGAGUAACUGAUGAGACAACGGAUAGUUUUAAGGUUGGAUGGUCAGCUGCUCCAGGCAAUGUUCUCAGAUACAGAGUUGGAUAUAGUCCAGUUACUGGUGGGGAAAGAAGACAAAUAACAGUCUCAGCAAAUGAAAGAGCAACUACACUACAGAAUCUGAAACCAGAUACUAGAUAUGAAGUCUCUGUUACAGCUGAGUACAAGUCUGGGGCUGGAAAUCCAUUGAGUGGACAUGGAAAAACUGAAGAAGUUCUGGGAAGACCAAGAGAUUUGAAAGUUUCUGAUGCUACAACAUCCUCAAUGAAAUUAUCUUGGAAUUCAGCACCUGGCAAAGUACAACGAUACCUUGUAACAUAUACUCCAGGGACAGGAGGUGAAACUAAAGAAGUAACCUUAAGGGAAGAUACUACUUCUACAAUUCUUAGAGACUUGGAACCAGGCACAAGAUAUGAUUUAGAUGUGACUGCCCUGUAUGCAUCUGGAGCAGGGGAUGCUGUUUCUGGACAAGGAGUCACUCUUGAAGACCGUGGUUCUCCUCGUGACUUAGUGACUAGAGACAUAACUGAUAGUACUAUUGGAGUGUCAUGGACAGCAGCUCCAGGAUCAGUUCAUCAUUAUAGGAUUGUAUGGAAAUCGCUUUAUGAUGAUCAGUCUGGAGAGAAAACGGUUCCUGGAAAUGUAAUAAAUUCUAUACUAGAAAACCUUCAGCCUGAAACUAGAUAUAAGAUUUCAGUCUUAGCUUCAUACAGGAGUGGAGAAGGAGCUCCUCUAGAGGGAGAAGCUACAACUGAAGUGUCUCCUAGCUCCAGGACUGUGAGAGUGGAUGAAGAGCAAGAGACCACAAUGAGAGUUACUUGGCAGCCUGCACCUGGAAAAGUCAUCAGUUAUCGUGUAGUUUACCGACCCCACAGGGGAGGAAGACAAAUGGUCACAAAAGUGCCACCUUCCACCACUACAGUAGUACUGAAACGCCUCCAGCCAUUGACCACUUACGACAUCUCUGUCAUUCCUGUGUAUAGAACUGGUGAAGGAAAACACAGACAAGGCGAAGGAACAACAGCUUCCCCAUUUAAACCUCCCAGAAAUCUGAAGACUUCUGAUUCUACGAUGUCAAGCUUCCGAGUAACCUGGGAGCCAGCCCCUGGGGAAGUGAAGGGUUACAAAGUAACUUUCCACCCAACUGAAGAAAACAGGCGCCUUGGAGAAUUAAUAGUUGGGCCAUAUGAUAGCACAGUUGUAUUGGAAGAGCUCAGGGCUGGCACUUCCUACAAAGUCAAUGUUUUUGGAAUGUUUGAAGGAGGUGAAAGUGCACCACUGAUUGGAGAAGAAAUGACUACCCUUUUGGAUGCUACUGUAGUGCCCAUUUUACCUAGAGCCAUGGAAUGUCAAACCAGAGCAGAAGCAGAUAUUGUGUUGCUGGUGGAUGGCUCAUGGAGUAUUGGUCGACUAAAUUUUAAAACAAUCCGAAGCUUCAUUGCUCGCAUUGUUGAAGUAUUUGAUAUUGGUCCAGACAAAGUGCAGAUUGCUCUUGCACAAUAUAGUGGAGAUCCUAGAACAGAAUGGGACCUCAAUGCACAUACAACCAAACAGACUUUAUUGGAUGCUGUCGCCAACUUGCCAUAUAAAGGAGGCAACACCCUAACAGGAACAGCUUUGGAUUUCAUCCGAAACAAAUCCUUUACAACAAAAGCUGGCAUGAGGCCUGGAGCUCGCAAAAUUGCUGUCCUCAUCACAGAUGGCAAAUCACAGGAUGAUAUAGUUGCGCCAUCUCAGAACCUGAGAGAUGCGGGAGUGGAGCUUUAUGCUGUUGGUAUCAAAAAUGCUGAUGAAAAUGAACUGAAGCAGAUUGCAACAGACCCAGAUGACACUCAUGUUUACAAUGUUGGCGAUUUCACCCUCCUUGUUAAUAUUAUUGAUGACCUUACUAUUAAUUUGUGCAAUAGUGUAAAAGGUCCAGGUGAUUUGUCACUACCACCAACUAAUCUAGUUACCUCUGAGGUGACACCUCGUUCCUUCAGAGUAUCUUGGACUGCACCUACUGAGAGUGUUGAUAGAUACAGGGUUGAAUAUUAUCCUGCUUCUGGUGGCUCAUCAAAGGAGGUGUUUGUAAGUCGUUCAGAGACUACUACAGUUCUGACUGGCCUCAAGCCUGAAACAGAGUAUGUUGUGAAUGUGUUUUCUGUGGUAGAAGGUAUUAAUAGUGAACCUCUAAAGGGCACCGAAACAACUUUACCUUUAAGUGGAGCAAAAAGCCUAAGAAUAAGAGAUAUUACUCACAGCAGCAUGAGAGUCAUUUGGGAACGUGCUCCAGGGAAUGUUCAUAAAUACAUACUGAGAUACAAAGCAGCUGAAGAAGCUGAAGUAAAAGAGGUGGAAGUGGAUCCAUCUCAGACAAGCACGGUUCUGCCUGAUCUUUUUUCCAAAACACGUUAUAAUGUUGAGCUUGUUGCAAUAUAUGAUGAAGGACCCUCUGUGCCAGUAGUUGCAGAAGCCACCACUUUACCUGUACCAGCACCACAAAAUCUAAACAUUGACCAGAUAACCAGGACUAGUUUCAGAGGUACCUGGGACCAUGGAGCACCUGAUGUAGCUCUAUACAGAGUAAUGUGGGGGCUUUAUGGUGGAACUGAAAAACUGGAGACAAUUCUAAAUGGUGAUGAAAAUACUCUAGUUUUUGAAAAUUUGACUCCAGACACACUGUAUGACAUCUCAGUUACUGCAAUUUAUCCUGAUGAAUCAGAGAGCGAUGAACUGAUUGGCAGUGAGCGCACACGGCCUAUUGCGCCUGUAACACCAGUCCCAACGAGCGGCCCACGAAACCUUCAGGUAUACAAUGCAACAUCCAAUAGCUUGACUGUCAAAUGGGAUCCUGCUACUGGACGAGUGCAGCGGUACAGGAUUGUUUAUCAACCUGAAACUGGGGAUGGCCCUGAACAAUCGACCACAGUAGGAGUGAGGCAGAACAGUGUUGUACUCCAGAAGCUGCAACCUGAUACUCCUUACAGUGUUACCGUUUCAUCCAUAUAUGCAGAUGGUGAAGGAGGACAGAUGACAGGCAGUGGCAAAACCAAACCUCUCAACACUGUAAAGAACCUCAGAGUUUAUGAACCAACUACCAGCACACUGAAUGUUCGAUGGGAUCAUGCUGAAGGGAAUCCUCGUCAGUACAAGUUAUUUUAUGCACCAGUGGCAGGAGGUGUAGAUGAACUGGCAACUGUCCCAGGGAAUACAAAUUAUGCUGUUCUAAGAAAUCUCCAGCCUGAUACACAAUAUAAAGUAACUGUGAUUCCUGUUUACCCAGAAGGAGAUGGAGGGCGCAUGUCUCAUACUGGGAAAACUUUGGUGAGAGGAGCGCCAGGAAACAUCCAAGUUUACAACCCAACAACAAACAGCCUUAAUGUCCAAUGGGAACCUGCACCAGGGCCAGUGCAGCAAUACAGAGUUGUCUAUGCUCCAUUGGUUGGCACACGGCCAUCAGAAUCUGUUGUGGUACCAGGCAACACCCGCAAUAUUCUGCUAGAGCGUCUGAGUCCUGACACUCCCUAUUCUGUAAGUGUUAGCGCUUUAUAUGCUGAUGGAGAAGGAAAUCCAAGUUCUGGACAGAGAAGGACAUUGCCUCGCAGUGGGCCCAGGAACAUAAGAGUCUUUGACCCUACUACAGAUAGCCUUUCUGUUCAGUGGGACCAUGCUGAUGGGCCUGUGCAGCAAUACAGAAUCAUAUAUUCUCCCACUGUUGGAGACCCCAUAGAUGAAUAUACUAUGGUACCUGGUAGAAGAAAUAAUGUGUUGCUACAGCCUUUGCAGCCAGAUACACCCUACAAAAUUACAAUUGUGGCAGUUUAUGAAGAUGGAGAAGGUGGACAAUUGACAGGAAAUGGAAAAACAGUUGGACUACUUUCUCCUCGGAACAUACGCAUUUCAGAUGAAUGGUACACACGGUUCAGAGUUGCCUGGGACCCUGCACCAUCUCCUGUUCUUGGGUACAAAAUUGUGUACAAACCUGUAGGUACUGAUGCGCCUAUGGAGGUAUUUGUUGGAGAGGUGACUUCAUAUACGUUGAGCAAUCUGUCUCCUAGUACUUCCUAUGAUGUAAAUGUUUAUGCUCAGUAUGAUUCUGGACUCAGUGUACCACUGGUUGAUCAAGGCACUACAUUGUACUUAAAUGUGACUGACCUAAAAAGUUAUAAUGUGGGAUGGGACACUUUCUGCAUCAGAUGGGCAGCUCAUCGGUCAGCUUCUUCUUACAGAUUAAAGCUUAAUCCAGCUGAUGGAUCCAGAGGGCAAGAAAUUACAGUGCGUGGAACAGAAACCAGUCAUUGUUUCACUGGCCUUUCACCAGACACUGAAUAUAACGCUACCAUCUUUGUUCAGACUCCAAACCUUGAGGGGCCUCCAGUGUCCACAAGAGAACGAACAGUAAUCAAGCCUACAGAACCACCAACUGCACCACCAACUCCUCCUCCACCACCAACAAUCCCACCUGCUCGAGAUGUAUGCAAGGGUGCCAAAGCAGAUAUAGUCUUCUUGACUGAUGCUUCCUGGAGUAUUGGAGAUGACAAUUUCAACAAAGUAGUGAAAUUUGUUUUUAACACGGUUGGAGCCUUUGACCUAAUCAACCCUGCUGGAAUUCAGGUUUCCUUUGUACAAUAUAGUGAUGAUCCAAAGUCUGAGUUUAAUUUGAAUACAUAUGAUGAUAAGGCACCGGCACUUGGAGCACUUCAGAAUAUUCGGUAUAGAGGAGGGAACACGAAAACAGGCAAAGCACUUACAUUUAUCAAAGAUAAGGUCUUAACAUGGGAAAGUGGCAUGAGGAAAGGAGUUCCCAAGGUACUUGUUGUUGUAACCGACGGUCGGUCACAGGAUGAAGUGAGGAAAGCCGCAGCUGUCAUACAACAUUCUGGUUUCAGUAUCUUUGUUGUUGGUGUGGCUGAUGUUGAUUACCAUGAACUGGCCAAAAUGGCCAGCAAACCCAGUGAACGUCAUGUCUUUAUAGUUGAUGACUUUGAUGCUUUUGAAAAGAUUGAGGAUAACCUUAUCACCUUUGUUUGUGAGACUGCUACCUCAACUUGCCCUCUCAUGUACUUGGAUGGGUACACUGCCCCUGGCUUCAGAAUGCUGGAAUCUUACAACUUAACAGAGAAAUAUUUUGCUUCGGUACCAGGAGUUUCCUUACAGUCAGGAUCGUUCCCCAGUUACGUGGCGUAUAGGCUUCAUAAAAAUGCCUUUGUCAGCCAGCCCACAAUGGAAAUGCAUCCAGAUGGAUUACCAAAGGCUUACACUAUCAUACUUUUAUUCCGACUUCUCCCGGAAACCCCCUCUGAACCGUUUGCAAUUUGGCAGAUAACAGACAGAAAUUCCAAACCACAAGUUGGAGUUGUUCUUGAUCCCUCCAGCAAAGUAUUAUCGUUCUUUAACAAGGACACAAGAGGAGAACUUCAGACAGUAACAUUUGAAGGUGAUGAAGUUAAGAAACUCUUUCAUGGAAGUUUCCACAAGGUUCACAUUGUUAUAACACCCACAAAUGCUAAGAUUUACAUUGACUGUUUUGAAAUCAUGGAAAAACCAAUUAAAGAAGGUGGAAAUAUCACAGCUGAUGGGGAUGAAAUACUAGGUAAACUACAGAAAGGUGACAAGAAAACUGCAACAUUGGAGAUUCAGAGUUUUGACAUUGUAUGCAAUGCAGUUUGGACUAGCAGAGAUAGAUGCUGUGACAUUCCUUCUAGGAGGGAUGAAGCCAAAUGUCCAUCAUUGCCAAAUGCUUGCACAUGCACACAGGACAGCGUGGGACCCCAGGGACCUCCAGGACCUGGUGGAGCCCCAGGUGUUAAGGGUCCAAGAGGCGAAUCAGGCUUGAGUGGGCCACCUGGGCCACCUGGUUCCCAUGGAGCUGUAGGACCUCCAGGCAAUCAAGGACCACCAGGACCACAGGGGCCAACUGGACUUUCCAUUACAGGAGAACCAGGCCGUCAAGGGAUGAAAGGUGAUGCUGGAGAGCCAGGCCUACCAGGUCGAUCAGGAUCUCCGGGCUUAUCUGGUCCCCCUGGCCCAAUGGGACCUCCAGGUGACAGGGGCUUCACUGGAAAAGACGGACCAACAGGACCAAGAGGACCCCCUGGACCCGUAGGUGCCCCAGGAGUGCCUGGAGUUGCUGGCCCAACUGGAAAACCGGGAAAACCAGGAGAUCGUGGGUCACCAGGUCCAGCAGGACAGAAAGGUGAAAAAGGUGACAGAGGAGACAUCACUUCUUCCCAGAAUAUGAUGCGAGCUGUUGCAAGACAAGUCUGUGAACAAAUGAUGAACGGCCAAAUGUCCCGAUUUAACCAGAUGCUGAAUCAAAUUCCAAAUGAUUACAAUUCAAAUCGUAAAGAGCCUGGACCACCAGGCCCACCAGGCCCCCCUGGAACUUCUGGGGAAAGAGGAGAAGCUGGUCCUGGAGGCAGACCAGGGUUCCCAGGCACACCUGGCUUGCAAGGACCACCUGGAGAAAGAGGGCUACCUGGCGAAAAAGGUGAAAGAGGGAUUGGAUCCCAGGGACCACGAGGUUUGCCUGGGCCACCAGGUCCACAAGGAGAAUCCAGAAUUGGCCCACCAGGUUCUACAGGCUCACGGGGACCACCUGGGCCACCUGGCCGUCCUGGUAAUGGAGGAAUCAGAGGUCCCCCUGGGCCUCCUGGAUACUGUGAUUCAUCCCAAUGUGCUAGCAUUGCUUACAAUGGUCAAGGAUAUCCAGGCUGACCUCUCCAUCUAAAGUAAAAAGAACACAGUUGUUUGCCAUUUCUACUUGCAUCGUGAUUAAUGUGGGAUUAUCUAUACAGAAAUAGUACCUGAAAUCUAAUUUUCCAAGACCAAAUGGCCAUUCUAUGAUACAGUGCAGACAACUGAAAAAAGUCACCAUAUCACAAUUUAGUGUUAGGCUAAAUUCCAUGGCAUCCAUUCCAUUGUAUUACUGAAUGACGCACACUCCUUCUAAGAAGCAGUUUCAGACAAUGGACUGCCAAAGGAACAAAAAUGCUAGAUAGCUGUGGUCCCUGGGGCCCUUGCGAAGCAAUCCUAUACACGUCUACUCAGAAAUAAGCCUCACUGAGUUCAUUGGGACUUACUCCCAGGUAAGUGUGUAUAGGAUUGCAGCCCAAGUCUCUAAAAACUGGGAAGAGAGCAAUACCCAAAACUGUGUGAGCCAUAUACAUUUAGGGCAUCUCUCAAGAAAGGAUUGAAAAUUAGUUUGUUGUGUGCACUGUAGCACCUUAUAAUUCAUAAACAUGAUAUUGCUGUUGGAUAUGUUGUUUGCCUCUAUCAUAAUGUGCAUGAAUACAUGACUAUAUAUAUAUAUAUGUACACACAAAUUCAUGGACUUCGAGCCAAUGGGUAGAACAAAUUUUAUAGAGCAAAGUAAUAAUGCAGAAUUUACAUAAGAUCAACGAUUAAUCUGAAUUAAAAGUAAAUGGGAAAUAAUAUUGCAGUGCUAUUCUUCCAGGCAGAAGCCUAUUAUACAUAUAUAGAUAUAUACAUAUAAUUUAACCCUCAUAGACGGAUUUUGCUGAAUGAAACUAUAUUUUUGCACAGCUGUUUGACCUUGAAAACUAAUACCAUCUUUGACCUGUUUCAGGUUCCGGCUAACACAUUUUCUAAGUCGCCAGUGCUGCUUACAGUUUGAAUACAGUGAAAAUCCUGUUUCUGAGAUGUUUGUGCACGUGCUUAUUAGGAAGUGAAUCUGUAUGGAUAUUUCACCAUAGAUAAUGGUUAACUGAACAGAGUUGGCCUCAUAAGAUUGAGAAAUUCUUUUGUACAUACUUACUAACAAGUCUUCUUGAAUGCGGUAAAGAAUAACUGUAUGUUGCAUUUGGUAAAGUAAGAGAGGGAAAACCCAUCACCAUAUCCUUACUCUCUUCUCCAACCCCAUACCUAAAAGAAGUCAUUAGAAAUCUCAGUGGCAAUGGAGACUUAUAAAACUACUAACUGGUGGAUAUCAGACCAUGAUACAUUUAACUUUGUGAAAGACAAAUGAUUUAAUGUAAAUAGUAAACUAAUUGUGGCUUGUAAAUGAUUUGUAUGGGAUCAUGUCUUCUAAAAUUAGUUAACAUCAUUAUAUCGUGCAUUUGCAUUAAAGGCUGCUGCUGUUGCUA